UGGCCACACCUGCAGCCACACAGUCGGUAACCUCACAAACCACUUUUUCACUUUAAGUUUGCACAUACUGUAUACAUACGUUAAUUUGUUUGGUUUUUAGUGUGGCAAUGUUGAAGUACAUCAGUUCCAAUUGUAGCGCGCACAUUUGGUUAACUUUUGUAUAUUUAAUUUUGUUACAUGCUUAACAUCUGUUUGUUUUCUUUUUUUGGUGUUGUGGGGAGUGCCUUCAACUGGGCCGAAGCAGAGGACUCUGGCUGGCACACUCCAAUCCCUGAUUGACUCACUGAUUGGGUGGUACCAUCUGGAGUUCCACUAGGGGGGAGAAGACCAUGGAGUCCUUAUUUUAAUUCUGUGGCAUAAUCUUUCUUUUGCUUUUGUGAUUUAUUUAUUUUGCUAAUUUUUAGUUAUUAGUCAUUUAAGUUUAAUCCUUAAACCAACUGUGUUUAGUUAUCUUUGUUGUUGCAUAGAUGUUCCCUUUCCCUCUUCCUCAGUGUUAGUCUGGUCUGAUCAGCCAGUAUUUAAGCCCCCUUUGUUUGUUGUAUGUCAGGUCAGUUUGUUUGUUUGAGCAGUUAGUUUGAGGUUUUUGUUAUGUUUAACUUUGAUAUUUUUGGCUUGAGUUAGCUUCCUUAUUUGACCUCUUUUAAGGGCCCUAUAAUUAUUGUUUGAAAUUUUUGUUACUUUGGGGAAAUAAAACCCAGUUUUUUGAAAGUUACAACUGUGUCCUCAUGCUUGACCGGCUCGGUCCCUCACACAUGGUGGCAGUGGUGGGAUUUGCCAGUUGAGGACACAGUUUUUAUUUUAUUUUUUGUUUUGGACAGUUUUUUUUCUUUUUCAAAUUUUUUGGCCCUCUUUGACAAUGCACCGUGGAGCCAGGAAGCAUAAACCAGAGACCCAACCAUCAGAGGAGCCAUGUGCUGGAGAAGAGGAACUGGAGGCUGGAGCUUCUGCAAUGGCAGCAGACACUGGGGGUGAAGAUGUGACAGAACCAACAUUGAGGGACUUGACUGGGAUCUUACAGGCAUUUAUGGGUCUGCAGGAGGCCCGGGAGGUAAAGUUAAAUGAAGAGCGGCAAAAACAGGAUCAACGGUUUAAAGCCCUACAACAUCAGUUUCAGCUCCUGCAAAUGGAAGUGCAGGCCCGCACAUCUCCACUCCCUGAGCCCUCUCCAAAUGAUGCAGGACCGGAGGAGGAUGACAUUGAGGACGUCAAGAAUGCCCAGGCGACAUCUGCAUCAGUCAGGAUGUCUUCAGGUCAGUCACAGUUCUCUCUGGAGCCAAAGUUACAAAAACUGACAAGUGAUGAUGAUAUUGAACAUUUCCUUGUUACGUUUGAGAGAAUGGCAGCUGCCUGUAGAUGGCCGAAAGCAGACUGGGUUUUCCACCUCAUUCCUCUCCUGACUGGAAAGGCAAGGAGUGCCUAUGUUCAUAUGGAUGUUGAUGAGACACACAAUUAUGAUGAUGUGAAAACAGCCAUCUUAAAGAAGUAUGACAUUAAUCCAGAAACGUACCGACAAAGGUUUCGUUCCCUGUAUGUUUAUCCUGAUGAGAGCCCUAAAGAACUUUAUGUGAGGCUGAAGGAAUUGUAUGGGAAAUGGAUUUUACCCAGAGGUAAAACCGUGGAAGAAAUUGGUGAAAUGUUGAUUCUGGAACAAUUUCUGAGAAUGUUGUCCCCUGAGCUCCAGGUGUGGAUAAAAGAGCAUGAUCCAAAAUCCGCUGCAGAAGCUUCGACCCUCGCAGAUGUGUUUGUGGCUGCUCGCAGGAAGGGACAGCCAUGGAGUAAUGCCUCAUUUAAAGAUAAGAACGCCUGCAAGCCAGCAUCAUCUCGGCACCACCAGGGUUCAGCAACAGGAAGGGCACACUAAACCUGUGUGUCCACAAAACCCCUUGAAACUGACCCAGAUG